CCGCCCGUCACUCCGAUUGCCGCACAAUGUCGACCGCCGCGCUUCACAGUCCACUCCUCCUCGUCUCCGCCACUAACAACAAGAUCACUUCAUCCUCCUCCUCCUCCUCUGUCGUCCUCUGCAACCUUAACAACAACCCCAGCGCCAAAAAGGCAGUUUCUUCUUCUUCUUCUCCUUUGCCUUCAUUUCCUCGUCUCAUCAGGAACUCUCCGGUGUUCGCCGCCCCCGCAACCGCCACGCUGGAGAUGGAGGCCAUCGAGCGCAUAAAAUCCGGAUUCGAGCAGUUCAAGAACGAGGUCUACGACAAGAAGGCUGAUCUGUUUGGCGAGCUCAAGGAAGGGCAGAGCCCCAAGUUCAUGGUUUUCGCGUGCGCCGACUCGCGCGUGUGCCCGUCGGUGGUGCUCAAUUUCCAGCCCGGCGAAGCCUUCACCAUCCGCAACAUCGCCAACAUGGUCCCUCCCUACGACCAAGUGAAGUACGCCGGAGUCGGGUCAGCCAUUGAGUAUGCCGUCAUCCAUCUCAAGGUGCAAAACAUAUUGGUGAUCGGCCACAGCCGGUGCGGAGGAAUCAAAGGGCUCAUGUCCCUCAAGGAAGACGGCUCCACCAGCACCGCCUUCAUUGAGGACUGGGUGAAGAUCGGCUUGCCGGCGAUGAAGAAGGUGAAGGCGGAUCACUCUCACCUGCCGUUCGACGAGCAGUGCACCAAGUGCGAGAAGGAGGCUGUGAACGUGUCCCUGGCCAACCUCAAGACCUACCCCUUCGUCACGGAGGGCCUGGAGAAGAAGAGCUUGAAGUUGAUCGGUGCACACUACGACUUCGUUACUGGCAGCUUCGAGACGUGGGAUCCCUAAACCCUAAUUAAUUAAACUGUAAACCUGAGAAUUGUAUCUACGUUAUCUGAAUGCUCCUUAAGGAUAAGAUCAGCAUGCAUCUUGGCUGAUCAUGUGGUAUAUAUAUAUAUCUGUGCAACAGGCGCACUUUCAUGUACCUGUCGACAAGGAAUUAAAAAUAUAAUCUAAAUAUGUUUUUGUUAA